AUGACGGUCGCUGAGCGCGUCGAGAUUAAGGGAUCGCUCGCACAGAAUUCGCUUUUGGCGCUCCGUUACAACGAGUCUGGCUGUUGCAGCGAAAACAAAAAACUUGUAUUCCGCACGGUAUUCGUCACCUACCGGUAUUUCCACCAGUAUUUCGCUAACCUCGCCAUCCAUUUUGUGGCCAGUAUCGUCAUCGCAGCCAUGUUCGCAUUCUCUCGUCUCGCUCGCGCCGCUCGCCCGGCGGUGUCUCUUCCGGCUGCGCGCUGCGUGUCAUACGUGGCGCCACCGCGUGUGUCUGCCGACAAAAGUUACCGCUUCGGUCUUAAACUGGACGACGUGAAGCCCGAGGACGAGGAUGAAGCGAAGGCGCUCGAGCAACUAAAGGGCGUGCUGAGUCUGCGCAACGCGUCGCAGCACGAGCUCAACAAGGCGCAGGUGGCUACAGCCAUCGAGACGUUCCAGCGCUUCCCGGGCGACACUGGCUCCAGCGAGGUGCAGAUCGCAGUGCUGACGCAGAAGAUUCUACGCAGCACGACCCACGCGCAGGGUCACAAGAAGGACCAUCACUCGCGACGAGGCCUGAUCGCUAUGGUGGAGAAGCGACGGAAGCUGCUCAAGUAUCUGCGUCGCAAGGACCUGCACAAGUUCCGUGAGGUGGUGGCGGCGCUUGGCCUCCGCUUCACUUAAGGUGUCUACAGUAGAAGGAAGUAGGCAGGAGGUAGAAGGGUAGGACGGAACACAAAGACUUCGUAAAGGUAGAACGUACUACUG